CAAAAUUGGUAUCUUGAAAUAGUCAGCCAUGGCUGCGGUCCCUGUAUUUCGCGUCGCCGUAUCCUUUCGGCAACCAUCCACGGCGGCGGCCGCGCCGUCCGCGCUGUCUUCCGCCAAGUCCGCGUCGUUCGGCUGCGCGUCAUCGCUCUGCCCCUGCACCCCGUCCGCAGCCUCCCGCGCUGCCAAGGGGAGGCCGGCCGUCGUGACGCCGCGUGCAGAACUGGACAGCGACACGCUCGUGGGCAUCGGCGUGGGGCUGGCCGGGCUUGCCGUGGGCAUUGGCAUUCCCGUCUUCUACGAGGUCGCCGUCAAGGGAUCGGAAAAGCGCGAGAACGACCAGCCGUGCUUCCCCUGCAAAGGCACCGGCGCUCUGUCGUGCCGGUUCUGCCAGGGCACGGGCGUGGUGGUGGUGGAGCUGGGCGGCGGCGAGAGGGAGGAGUCGGAGUGCAUCAACUGCAGCGGCAAGGGCGCCAUCACCUGCACCACCUGCCAGGGCGCGGGCGUGCAGCCCAGAUACCUGGACCGCAGGGAGUUCAAGGAUGACGACUAAGCCCAUGCUUGAUAUCUACGUGAAGGUCCAGUGCAUGCGCGAUAAUUUGUUAUUUAUGUAUUGUUGUGGUAAAAUCGUACUUAAAGCCCGCCCAGCAUGUUGUAUAUUUGUACUGUUUAGGUAGGUGGGACGGCAGAACCUGAUAGGAUAACGAAGGAUUCUUCAAACGAAAUAGUUGGCGAAUACUUGGCUUUGCAGAGCAAGCGUUUGUUUCGUGCAAGCUAGCCGGGC